AUGGCUAUCAUAUCAGCAAACUCGAUGAUCCGCAGCUUGGCGCUGUUCCAUCUAACGCUUGCGGCGCUGCUGGUCAAGAACCCAAAGCUCGUAGCGAAUCAGAGCGUCAUCAUGGUUCUUGGAGGUUCGAUGCAGCUUCCCACACCACGAGACUUUGCCACGCCCUCCGCAGCUGUAGCCUUCAUCGCUGUCCUCUUCGCGUUCAUCGGCAUUAGCGACCUCACCGCAGCCUCACUUCCCGAAGAGGUCUUUGAUGCAUACUGGGGCGCCCAGACGCCCGUCCGUCUCGUGUUCCUGUUCACACUGACUGGUUACACGUUCUUGUUCAAGGAGGGCGGGAUGUUCGGCGGAGCCAAGGGUAUCGGGUACUCAACCAGCCCUGGUAGCUUUCUGAAGAACAGUGUAGUGUUCAGCUGGGGGUUCAUCGAGCUGUCGAUGUGGUUCUGGAUCUUCGUCACUCUUCGUGAGGAGCGACGCGAACGUGCAAGGAAGAUUGUCGAAAAGCGCAAGGCGGAAGCCGACAGGCUGUGA